AUGGCUCCAAGAAUUACGAAUCGGCGAUUGUGGAAUCGACGAACAACGACGGAUGCCAUGGGACCGACAGUGAUCCUGACAACGACUACCACUUUUGGCCACCAUCGCCCAAGCGACCGCAUUGAUGAAGAUCGACUGCUCGCUGAGGCAGUGCUGGCAUAUGCUGCUAGUGUAGGCAAGGCUGACGAUGUACCAACGACGUAUCAGCAAGCCAUGGAUAGUGACGAUACGGCGGAGUGGGUGAAGGCGAUGAAGGCAGAGCUGCGAGCGCAUGAACAGAAUGGAUCAUGGACACUGGACGCCGGGAUUGAAGCAAGUGGCGAGCGCAUGGAACAAGACGAUCCAUCGCGUCAUCAUGAAGCAUGGCUUCAAGAGCUGCGGGGGCAGACCAUGUGCGUGUACGUCACGAGGAGAAAGGGCAACUUAGAAUUUGUAUGUCUUUACGACGACGACAUGAUCAUCGCGGCAAAGACGAGCACGGAAACCCAGGACGUCAAGAAGGGACUCGAGAAGGCGUUUAAGAUGAAGGAGCUCGGCAAAGCUAAGUCCAUCUUGGGGAUGGAGAUCGACCACCAGAGGUCAGCGAAUUCACUGACCAUCAAGCAAACGCGCUAUAUUGACGACGUGGUGGAGCGCCUCAAUCAGCAGGACGCCAAGGCUGUAUAG